GAAGUGAGAAGUGAGAAGUGAGAACUGAACUAAAUGCCCCAAGUCCUUGGCCCUUUACGGAGUAUUUGACAGCAAAACCUUAAACCCUGGAAGGAGUUAAACCCAGAAAAUCGAAAGUGGUGUCUUCUCAUUUUCAAGCUUCAUCUCUUCUCCCCCACUUGUCAAUUACCACCCUUUUUUGUUCUCUGUAUAAUUCCCAAGAAAUAUAUGGAGCCAAAUAAAUCAUUGGUGCAGCAAAUCGAAUCCUUUGUUGAUUCAUCAACCACUCCUGCUCAACAGAUUGCUAGUGUUAAUUCAAUUGCUUCUCUCUUGAAGAAUGACUCAAUUACAAUGGAAUUUUUGGUAAAGGAAAUGGAGCUGUAUUUGACCACCACUGACCCUAUUCUUCGUGCAAGAGGUAUACUUCUCCUUGCAGAAGUGCUUGGGCAUCUUCAACAGAAGCCGUUAGAUAGAGCUACUAUUCACACCUUAGUAGGAUUCUUCAGUGAGAGACUGGCAGACUGGAGAGCAUUACGCGGUGCACUUGUUGGCUGUUUGGCCCUUGUAAGAAGAAAAAUCAAUGCAGGAGUGAUCAUUAGAAGUGAUGCUAAGAUGUUAGCCCAGUCUUUUUUGGAGAACUUACAGGUGCAAUCUCUGGGACUACAUGACAGGAAGCUGAGCUUUGAACUUCUAGAUGGCCUUCUAGACCGUUACCCAGAAACGAUUUCCGCACUGGGUGAUCACGUUGUUUAUGGUGUUUGUGAAGCCAUCGAAGGAGAAAAAGAUCCUCAGUGUUUGAUGCAUGUUUUCCAUGUUGUGGAGGGUCUGGCACAAAUUUUUCCGGAUCCUUCUGGACCUGUGGCAAAUUUUGCUGAGGACUUUUUUGAUAUUAUAGGCCGUUAUUUUCCUAUCCACUACACGCAUAGUGAAGAUGUUGAUAUCAGCAGAGAUGACCUCUCAAGGGCUUUGAUGAUGGCGUUUUCUGCUUCACCCUUUUUUGAGCCAUUUGCUAUUCCCUUGCUUCUGGAGAAACUUUCCUCAAAUCUGCCUCUAGCAAAGAUAGAUUCACUUAAAUAUCUAAGCUGUUGCACUGUGAAGUACGGGCCUGAAAGAACAGCAAAACAUGCUGAAGCUAUAUGGAGUUCUCUAAAAGCUACUCUUUGUAAUUUUCCUAGAGAUGAUAUUUCUUCCUCUGCUUCAGAUUUAUCAAAUGGUAUGGACUUUGAAGAGAACGAAAUUACAGAAGAAGCUCUAGGUCUUCUCCAAAAGGUUGCCUCACAACAGAACACAAGCUUCCUGAACUUAGUUCUUGAAGAUAAGGAUAUAAUCAGCCUUGUCAAGUCGUUUACUGCUGCUGGAAGUUCCGUUUCUGUUUCGCCAAAGAGCAAGCAGGAACUUUGUUUUGUUGGUCGUCUUUUCUCUGUUUUGGCAAAAGCAUCUACUUCUUCGUGCAAUAUGGUGUUUGAUUCCCUCUUCCUCCGUUUGUUGGAAAAUCUUGGGGUUGCAGCAAGUACUUCUUCGAAAGAUGUUCUAGUUAUAGAAUCUAAUUCCCCUUGCCAGAAAUUGAAUUCUGGUGUUCUUUAUCUUUGCAUUGAAAUCCUUGGUGCAUGCAGAGAGUUAGCUGUUGCUUCAACUGAACUUCCUUCAAGUUUUAAUUUUAUCGAUGAUGCGUGGUGCCAGACUCUUGUUGGAUGUUCUAGUUCAUUGAUGAAGGCAUUGAUUUCUGAUCUGGUACCAAUUUCGAAUGAAAUGUAUCGUGAAAUAGAUAUUUCCUCUUUAAAAGUAAAGGGUCUUCAGAUUCUGGCUACAUUCCCUGGUGAUACUGCUCCAGUGUCAAAAUCAUUAUUUGAGAACAUUGUUACUACGUUGAUAUCAAUUGUCACUAAUAAUUUUAAUGUGACUGCAUUAUGGAAAGCAUCAGUAAAUGCACUAGCAGAAAUUGGUACGUUUCUGAAUGAUUCCUCUUAUUCUGAGAAGUCGCUGAGCUACAUGUCUACCGCUGUUGAGAGGAUGAUUGUGUUGAUCUCGCUGGAUGAUUCCACAAUGCCUUAUUCUCUACUUCUAGAAGCACUGUCUAAAAUUAGUGCUAGCGGGUAUACGUAUUUAUCAAGAAUUGCUCAAGAGUUGCAAGAAGUCAUGUCUGCCAAGUUCACUAAACUUUAUGUUGACGGAGAUGUGAAAAUAAGAGAGGAACUGGUGCAGCUUUUGGAUUGCUACUCUAAGAACCUAUGGUCCGACUUGCUUCAGGGCACUGAAAGUGUGCCAUUGCGCCUAGCCAUUGAUAUUUGGGAUCAAAGUGAAGCGGCCAUGGGAAGCAACUUUUGUGUUGAAGGAGAGCUUCUCGAUGCAACAAAGAUGGCCCUAAAGCUAGCUGUUGCAGUGUUGUCUGAGGAAAAUCAGUUGCGAAUCGUUGCGAAAGCUUUUGAAGUGAUCUCAUCCAAUUUAUCUUUCUCACCCAAUUUUGUGCCUUCCAAGUUAGAAAAGUUGCAAACAUCAGAAGAUACAGAUGGUUUCACAAGUAAAGAUGAGUGGCUUAUAUCACUGUUUGCAUCUGUAAUUAUUGCCCUUCGCCCUAAGACACAGAUUUAUAACAUCAAAGCUGUUUUUGAGUCAUUGCUGAUGGCUUUCUUAAAGGGUCAUAUGACAUCGGCUCAAGCAUUGGGUUCAAUCUUCAAUAAAAUGCCUCUGAAAAACGAGAACAUGCAUGACUCUAGCUACUUUUACUUGGAUGAUGCUCUGACAUUGGUUUUAGAAAGGAGCUUGGGAAGUUGCAGUGACCAUUUUCUUUCAAGUAGUUCUGAGAUGUAUGGAUCUGAUGAGCUUUGUCCAAGUGUAGCUGUUUGUGCGCCGCCUCAAGUCCAUUGUAUCUCUGGGCUUGCAUGGAUUGGGAAAGGGCUCCUAAUGAGGGGGCACGAAAAGUUAAAAGAUAUAACUAUGGUUUUCUUGAGAUGUUUAGUUGAAAUAGAAGCCUUAGCUGAAAAUAGAGGUUGGUCAGACAGAGAGGAGAUGUGCCCAUCUUUGGCAAAGUCUGCAGCAGAUGCAUUUCAUGUUCUUAUGGGUGAUUCUGAGGAUUGUUUGAAUAAAACAUUUCAUGCAACUGCAAGGCCACUUUACAAGCAGCGGUUUUUCUCUACCGUAAUGCCAAUUUUGCUGUCUGAUGUGAAAAAGACCCAUUCCCCUACAGUAAGAUCCAUGCUUUACAGGGCAAUUGGACAUGUUAUCUGUAAUACACCUCUUGCAGCUGUCUUGUCAGAAAUAAAGAAGCUGCUUCCUGUACUUUUAGAUGUUAUCUCUGUACUUAGUGAGGAUAUUCUCAGUAAAGACAUGAUCUACAAUCUCUUGCUGGUCCUUUCUGGCCUUCUCAUGUAUAAAGGCGGACAAGACAUAGCUGUGGAGAAUGCCCGUAUUAUAGUAAACUGCUUGACUGGACUUGUCUCUUACCCCCAUAAAAUGCUUGUACGAGAAACAGCAAUACAAUGUCUUGUUGCUGUGUCAGGGUUGCCCCAUACAAGAAUCUAUCCCAUGCGCUUACAGGUGCUAAGUGCUUUAUCCAAGGUUCUUGAUGAUCCAAAGAGGAACGUUCGCCAGGAAGCUGUCAGAUGCCGGCAAGCGUGGUCUUCAAUUGCAUGAAGAAUUUUUUUAUAAUUCAGACCAAAGGAGUUGCAUGGUAUUUUGUUACUUCCACUUAGUAUGGGAUGGUAAUCUACCAUUGUGAAGGUUGUAUCAUCAGAAACCAGCAAAAAAAUGUAGAAGGCUUUUAGAGGUCUUUUGGAAAUAUCAGCUCUGCUCAUUUCAACCAAUUCGCCGUGUAAACUUGGAACUGUGUAGUUGUUUCAUUGCUUCUUCCACCGUCUUGUAAUUACCAUUUACUCAGUUAGUGUAUGUGUGUGAAACAAGUCCAUUACGCUUUGGCGCUGACUAUUAAUAUGAUGUUAUCAAUCUCAUUAUUGAUUAUAUUUUUUACUUAUCACUAAUUUUAGAGUUAGUACUGAAACUUUCUUCUGACAUUGCUUCUGUCUCUUGUGUAGUAAAUGUUUACUUGAUACCAAGAGUAUUUGAAAUAUGGUUGGGCGUAGAAGUGUAACAUGUAACAGUUUUAAUUUUAUUAUGUUAUUAUUACAGUGAACAAAUAUUCUGGUAAUUAGUCAUCAUGAAUCAUGCUGCAUACAUAAAUCCUGGGAUUAGCUUCAGGGUCCAUCAGCUACUUCAUAUCAACAACGGACUUUUAUUUAUUCUUAAAGUGUUGCUGAUUUACUGAACAUACAAAGUGUUCCUCAAGAGAUAUUAUUAAUCUUGUAAUCCUUACACAUUGUACACACAUCCUAACAGUACAAAACUGAAAUAUUUGAAUCGUUCUGAUUAACUAUAUUUUUGAAAUGUUAAAUACAUAAAUGUUCUCUACUAUCUACCCUGCUUUCAGCGGUACUCCAACCCUUGGACUCCCACUAUUGUUGAAGCUACUGUGAUCUAAUCUUCCGAGAAAGUGAAAAGAAAAAAGGAAAAGAAAAAAGAA